AUAUCUCACGAUGCAACAAUGUGUGAACAGAGACCUUGGAGAGCCAUUCGAUCCUUGGUCGCGGCAAGGCUAUCGGUACUGGUGCGGCCCUUGUGUCGCUGGCCUUCCGGCGGAGUGGCCCGUUCCUUACGUCGAGCCGUGUCCUUGCAUCGCUGCCCCGGAAACAUCGCCCACGCAGGGAACCAUUGUCCGCCGCGAAGAAGUUUGGACCGAAGGCGGCAGGCACCGCCACAGAGUCCAGGAGAUCCUGGAAGGCGGAGCGCCCUCACCCAGCGGUCCGGACGCUCGAAUGGAACGCUUCCAGGAGGCACCCUCUGGUUUCCUGCGCGACGGCGUGGCCCCCACGGCUGCCGGCAGCCAGGCAUCCACCCGCAUUGGUGCCGACCAGCCAUCAGCAAGCGGGGGCGGCAGGCGCAUCGUGUUGGACGCCUACGAGGAGAUCCGACCCCCUGGUUGUCCUCCGUCGCAGCCGCUCUUCUCGCAAGCAGCCGCGCCUCAGUCCGCCGUCAGCGCCGCGUUUUCCAAGGCGUCGCCGCAUGCUUUUCAAGCGGGCAGGAACAAGUCCCAGUCGGCCGUACCACACGGGAGAGUGCUGUACUGGGAGGAGGACACAGCUCCCUUAAGAAUGUACGCCCCUUCGGAGCCAGCCGUAGCAACUGAACACAAGAUGCGCUUCAAGAAAGAUCACUUGGAAGGCACGUCGACUGCGCGAAGAGCCAGCACUGUCGAACUUGGGAACUUGCUGUGAGAUAUGCCGAAUUAACGUUUAAUACUAUUAGGUAUUGCUCCGGCAUCAGUUAUAUCAAGCUAAAGGCGCCGGGCACCAUGCAUAUAUUCAUGCAGGAAGAAAGCAACCCUCAUGGGCGGAAUUAUGAGAAUUUCAGGAAAGUACCAAGAUCAGUCGAUCAUGUGUAAGCAGGAACACUAUGCCAGGAAGCAAGACCACGACGAGACAACAAAAGGGGAUUUUCGUUUUUUAUAUGUAAGACAUUGCAUGACGUGACGCUUGAGAAUAUAGCAACGAAAAGGAGACGCUGUUUCAUAGAUACGGUGCUUUAAAAUAUGCUCUAGAAUAAAAUAAAGCUCUAGCCAGCAAGAAUGUUA